UAUCUUAUCUGUGCCCUGCAUGUCGGCAGCAGUGGAAUAAUUUGCUGUGAAUAAGUUUGAAUUUAAUAAGUAUUUAAUACGUUUAGUUAUCAAAUUCUGUGCUGCUUACUUCCAGCGCGUUACUGUUAAUCGUGCUGUUUAAACCGAUCUGCAAUAAAAGUCUACAAGAUGGCAGAUGUAGAAGUGACACAGACCCCUUCAGAGCUUCUGGCUAGUGGGCGGCGAAACUUAGCUGUGAGAGACUAUAAUGCGGCUACUGAGGCUCUGGCCAAGGCCUGCGAGCUGCUGGCCAAAGAACACGGGGACACAGCUGACCAGUGUGCAGAGGCUUAUCUAUGGUAUGGAAAGGCCUUAUUGGGACUGUCAAGAGAAGAGAGUGGGGUUCUCGGUGAUGGGAUGCCGGGGACUGGCAAUGCAGAUGGUGAGGAAGAUGAUGAAAAUGAAGAACCAGAAGAAAAUGGUGAGGAGAAUGGAGAGUCUGAAGCUGAGCCUGUUAAGGCGGAGGCUGAUGAUGGAGUGAAGAAGAGUGAGGCGGAAUCAACCACGAAAGAUGAGCCGGCCAGCAGUAGCACUGCGGAUGAUCAACCUGGCCCAUCUAACGGAGAGGCAGCUGAUGAAUCUAUGGCUGACUUGGAAAACGAGGAUGAUGUUGACAACCUCCAGUUAGCCUGGGAAAUGUUAGACCUGGCGCGCAGCAUCCUGCGGCGGCGCGCGGCGGGCGGCGGCGCGGCGGCGCGCGCGCAGCUGGCCGACGUGCUGCUCGCGCUCGGCGAGGUGGCGCUCGAGAGCGAGACCUACGACAAGGCCGUCGUGGACAUGCAAAGCUGCUUAGAAAUCCAAAAAGAACUGUACAGCAGUGACGACCGCCGUAUUGCCGAAACCCACUAUCAAAUCGGUUUAGCGAACUCGCUCGCCUCUAAUUUCGAAGAUGCGAUCACUCACUUCAAAAACGCCGCCAACAUUCUCGAGACUCGCAUCAAAACGCUAGAGAACCCCGCAACUGUCAAAGACGACGCUAUCGUUAAGAAACACUCCACAGCUGAUCCUUUCUACUCCGUCGAAGGAGAAAUUAAGGAGUUGAAGGAGCUGCUGCCGGAGAUUCAGGAGAAAAUACAAGACAUGAUGGACUAUAAGACUGAGACCAAAAAGCGACUUGCCGAAACCCUGUUCUCAUCAAACGGCGAAAGCUCCCACCUCAACGGCGCUGGCUCCAGCUCCUCAGAGGCCAAACCCAAACCCGCCGCCUCAGACAUCUCCCAUCUCAUCAAGAGGAAGAGGAAAUCCAGCGAAGGCGACGAGGCCUCCUCCGCUAAAAGGGCUAACACGUGAAUAGUUAACAAUCCCCUCCAACACCAUUUUCCACUGUAAAAUCAUUGGUGUAGUCUAAAAUCGUGUGGAAAUAUUUAAUAUCACCUUUAUAAGGAUUAAGUAUAAGAUAAGAGCUUGCGCACUGGCGUUUCUGGUAAAUCACUUUCGAUAACGAUAAUUACUUGUGCAGACUCUAAUUUUGCCAGUUAUUGACUAUGCGGACGCGUGCACGACUAAUAUCUCUCAGGAGUACCUCAAUAAGCUAGACCGUCUUAUGAAUAAUGGCAUACGUUUCAUUUUCGGACUUCGCAAAUACGACCAUGUUUCUUUUUAUCGCCGUCAGCUAAAUUGGCUCUCCAUCCGUCGUCGUAGGUCCCUUAGAAUCCUGAGUAUUUUAUUCUCCAUUUUGUUCGAGCCUUCCUCCCCUGGUUAUCUUAAACGUAAAUUCACUUUCAUCACCCCCCGUCCAGGAUGUGAACUCCGUUCCUCCCGUUCUCUCAAACUCUCGAUUCCUUCUCACCGUACUGGUUUUAUGUCUAACUCUUUCGCCGUUGAGGCAAUCCGUCUCUGGAAUUCCCUCCCUCUCUUUAUUCGACAAGCCCCAAGCAAACCAGUUUUCAAACGACUACUUCGCAAGCAUCUUCUGUCAGAAGAACUUAAAUAAGGUUCACCAUCAUGUAUAUGUACAUAAUUAUAUGUAUUAGUCUAUCUUUUAUACAUUAUAUAAGUAGUAGUAUUUAACUAUUUAUAUAUUUUUAAUAUUAUUUGACUUCACGUUUAAUUUUUUCCUUAUUAUUUGUUAUUAUUUUUUCCUGCACCAACAUACACAAAUGUCUCUGUUUGACCCAAUGGUUGACUGGUAGAGAAUGCCUUUUGGCAUUAAGUUCGCCAUUUGUACAUUUUUCUUUAUGUGUGCAAUAAAGUUUAAAUAAAUAAAUAAAUAAAUAACGGUGUGUACAAUUAAUUGUCUAAAGAUAAAUCGAUAAUCGACCGAGCGGAGCAAAUUCAACUUUGGGCACAUCUCUGCCUUCCUAAGCCCCUGAGCGGUAUCUUAUAAACAAAUAACUUUGAAAAUUGAUUUAUAAGAUAAAUAAUUUAAGGUAUACAUUCAAUUUUCAUUUGAGAUACCGCUAAUUAGCAUUUAGCAGGGCAGAUUUGACAGCUACUAAUUUUGACUGUGCUCAAAGUUAACCGCUAGUGCACAGGCUCUCAGGCGUUAGGAAACAUGGUCUGCUGUACUGUGUUUGGCCUUAUUGAUACUGCCAUAAAUACAUAAAUCAUAAUUAUUCUUUCAAGUCCUACGACCCCAUAAAUAACGGCCAAAUAGAGCGAGAUACUAUACCUACGAUUAAAGUUAUGAAUUUUGGCAAUCGUACUGUUUCGAAUAUUUACGGUAACAUAAUAUUUGUCUGUAGCCAAUAAUAAUAGCAGAUUGCCAAGGGGCAAAUUUAGGAGUACAGUACGGAACAGAAUGAAGUAUUUUUUUUCUAGUAUAAACAAUAUGUAAUAAAUAAUGCAGAAAUAAAAUAAUUUCAACUA